AUGACUGAAACUGAACUGUUCCGUGUGGUGAAACUAUUCGAUGUUGGGAAUGUUCUCGGCUUCUUUGAAUUUUACGAACAGAUGAAAAUCACAGAUGAACAAGUAAAAAAGCAAAGGUCCAAGGAUGCGGAUCCUACCACCAGCAUCAGAAUUGUAGCGAGAGAUUUGAACCUUUCGAUAUGGAAAGUGUGGAGUACGAUGCACAACGAAAAGAAAUAUCCGUUUCACGGCAAGGGUGUGCAAGGCUUGGAGGAAACGGAUUCGGCGAGACGGAUACGGCUCUGCCGUUUUUUGCUAAACGCAGAUAUUGACGACGCGUGGUUCUUAAAGUCCAUCCUCUGGACUGACGAAUCGAAGUUCUCCAGGGAAGGAAUUACUAAUUUCCACAACCUUCAUGAAUGGGCUGAUAAGGACAGCAAUCCAAAUUGGAAAAAACAGAUUUCUUUCCAAAGACAAUUUUCAAUAAAUGUGUGGGCUGGAGUCAUCGGACGCACAUUGGUUGGCCCACACAUUUUGCCUGACAAUUUGAAUGGACAAAAUCACCUCGAAUUCAUGAUAAACGACUUGCCAAUGUUACUCUAUGAUGCCGAAGUGCCAAUAUUGGACACGGACAGGCCGAUCACAUUUCAGCAAGAUGGAUGCCCAGCAC